AUGCGUUUCAACCCCUCACCUAUCCUCGCCACUGUCGCUCUCGCUCUUGUCCCGGCUGUGACCUCGUCGAACAGGGUUGAAAAGACGACAUCCGAGGACCGCACCACCCAGGCCGUCGACCCAGCCUGCGAUUGCUACACUGUAUCCGGGCCCGAUCCAGGAUACUUUCAGCAUCAUCGAUUCUGGGAUUUUCGUCAAGUACCUCUUAAUCCAGCCGCCGCCAGCACUUUUCAAUUCCAGCCCAACAGCCCGCCGAGUCGUGCCGACUACGGAGCGAAUGCCGCGCCUGUUCUCCUCAAAGACACUCCCUUUUCCAGUGAAUGGGCUGUGCAAGACUGGGGCCGUGGAGGCACUCCUCUCUUCCCCGUUACUAUUGUGAAUUCCAACAAAAACGUCUAUCUGACCAGCCAUGCGGCUGGUGGUGGGCCAACUUUUCUUGUCAUGCGGACAACUCGAUUCGAGGCCUUUUCUUCCACGGCGGAGAUUGAAACCAAUCUUCUCAAUUUCAUGCACGUCUCGCUGCGAGUCAGACUUCGCAUUCUUGAAAAGGGGGAAGACAUACUAUCGCCCGUGAACGCCGAGCAGGCCUUGGGCCAGAGAAUCCAAUCCCGAUCCGACAAUAAUACUACCUCGGAACCACACAGCUCUCAUGCACAACGCCGCAAGGAAAAACGUCUCCUCCCAUCAGUCGGUGCGUGCGUUGGAAUAUUCACUUUUUUCUCCAGAACCAGCGAGUCGGACAUUGAAAUUCUAACUUCGGACCCGCCAAAUCGAGUACACUAUGCAAACCAGCCGGAUUACGAUCCAAUCCGCAACAUCGUCAUACCCGGUUCUCAGAUUGCUGCAGACUCGCCGACCCCAUGGACAGCAUGGUCUACCUAUCGCCUAGACUGGCUGCCGACAAUGUCGCGCUGGUAUGUCGAAAACCAGGAACAGGCUAAUCUGGCAUACGGUGUUCCAGUAGACCCCAGCAGACUGGUCAUCAAUCUGUGGAGCGACGGCGGCCUGUGGUCUGGCAACCUCACAGUUGGAGACAGCGUUCACUUGGGUAUCGAAUGGAUCGAGGUUGCGUACAAUCUAACCGGGGAUGUGCCCAAGCUUUGCAACAGAAACUGCCGCAUCGACAACGUUGCUGUUCCUGGUAUUCCGGAAAUUAUUUAA